UUCAAUGAGCAACUUUAAGGAGCUUUAACAGAGAGCCCCUGACAGGUGAAACAAAGCAAAGAAAGGAGCUCACGGAGAACCAUCACAAGAAACUGCGGAAGGGGAGAUUUUCAAGGACAGCUAUUUUAAAAGGUCUAUAAGAGGUGUUAACAUUUGCAGUGUUAGAUUUACAGCAGUUAUUGUAAUCACUGAGAGGAAGUGAGUAAACCAAGACAGUUUUGGGGAAAUUUCUUGUCUCAUUUUUGCCCUCAAAUAAAAAGUCCAAAAAAGCAGCAUGUCUCUGGAGGUUAAGGAGAAGACCCACGUGCGUCUGGUAUUUCUGGGGGCAGCAGGAGUGGGGAAGACAGCCCUGAUACAACGCUUCCUCGAAGACACAUUCGAGCCCAAACACAAGCGCACAGUUGAGGAGAUGCACAAUAAGGAAUAUGACAUUGGUGGGGUCAAGAUCUCAGUGGAGAUACUGGACACCAGUGGCAGCUACUCCUUCCCAGCCAUGCGCAAGCUCUCCAUCCAAAACAGCGAUGCUUUCGCACUGGUGUACGCAGUGGAUGACCCAGAGUCACUGGAGGCUGUCAAGAGCCUCCGAGAUGAGAUUCUGGAGAUCAAGGAGGACAAGUACACACCGAUUGUGGUGGUGGGGAACAAGGUGGACCGGGUGAAAGAGCGACAGGUGUCCAAUGAGGACGUGCUGUCCACCGUGGAAAUGGAUUGGAACAACAGUUAUGUGGAAGCUUCAGCAAAGGAAAAUGCCAAUGUGGUGGAGGUGUUCAAGGAGCUCCUGCAGCAGGCAAACCUUCCCUGCCGCAUCAGCCCUGCACUGCGUAGACGCCGGGAGACGUUCCCGAAAGACACCAACUUCCGGCCGCCCAUGAACAAAACCAACAGCUGUAUAUUGUCAUAAUGACAGAUAGAGGGGAAGUGCUGUUUUGUUUAAUGGAGGGCCAAGAGAUGAGAGCACUGAUAAAAUGCUGCUGGCCAGAGAAAAAGAAUCAAGCUUGGACUUCAGUCAGUGGAGACCAAAGAGACUGAAUUAAGUGAUCCUCGACUGACAAGGACUUUUUUCAGGGGUUACAAUUGAGAGGAAAAGAAACUGAGGAGGUGAAUGAGGAGUAGGAAGAGUGUACUUGAACAGACUGCCAGUGGAAAGAAGGAAGCUACGUUAAUCAGUUCUUUACUCGAUGUAUUGUUGUUGCAGCUUAUUUGGUGACAUGCUGCUGGUGUGUAGAUCAAUGUAUCCCUUCUGGAUUUCGAAUUAAAACAUUCACUUACAUCAAGGUUUGGACUGUUGCCAACAGACUUUUUACUGAGAAAAGUGUGUUGUUAGUCUCAUGUAAAUUGUUUUAAUUUAACAAGUCAGUGUAUGUAGCACAUCAUAAUGUUUACAGUUCUUGUAUCAUUCAAUUUGCCAUUGAUAUUACUUGUUGUUUUUUUAAAUGUUGUGAAAUGCAAAUGUAAACUGUUAAUGCACUUUUUUUAUUUUUAAAUGACCAUCCAAAAUGAUGUUUUAAGGUUAUUUUUUAUAAACUAGAUUUUUUUUACCAUGGCAUAUUCUUACAAAUGUUAUUACUUUUGCUCUUUAUUUAACACAUGUAUGUUCAAUGUGGAUCUAAA